CCAAUAGGAAGUAUUAGCAAGCAGGACCUAAGAAUAUUCCUGCGUUGGGCUGCCGUCAAUCUUGGUUACUAAUCCUUGGCCGAUGUUGAAGCAGCUCCACCCACUGCUGAGCUAGAGCCUAUUCGGUCCGAUUACAGUCAGCUUGAUGAAGUAGAUAACAUAUGAAGAACUUUUGGUCUAUGGAAGAUUGUGAAAGAUAUUCCGCUCUGGUCCUGUAUCUAUGUUCCAGGGGUGGAAGAUUAACACCAUCACAGGUGGCUGAUAAAGUGAAGUACUUCUUCAAGUAUUAUUCAAUAAACAGGCACAAAAUGACUGUGAUGACGCCCUCUUAUCACGCUGAGAGUUAUUCACCAGAGGACAACAGAUUUGAUCUUCGCCAGUUUUUGUAUAAUGCAAGAUGGCCAUAUCAGUUCCGCAAAAUUGAUGAAAUGGUAAAAGAAAUUGAUGGCCAUAAAGUUACUCUUAUAAAAGCAACAGAAAAGGAUCACCAGGAUGUUACAUCUGUCGGAGGGAUGGGAGUUAUUGCAGCCGGCUCAGGGGAUCCAAGAGCUGGUGUUUAGGUUUGCAUGUUACAUGCAGCAGAAGACAUUAAUAUAACAUAUUAACUUUAAGGGGAGCUAUGAACAAUGAAGCUAUAACUUUAUUCUUCCGAAUUUUAAUCCAUAUAAAAUUAUGUGUACUCUGGUCCAGGUACCCGUGUCUCGUUUCAAAGCUUUUUACCAGGUACAGAUUUGGUACUUUCUUCA